AUGGACAACUACUCGGACGACGGCUUUGACGAUCUCAACCCAAAUGCCCUUCAGGAGCUGGAGAACAAUGCUAUACAGUUCACACAGGCGCAAACUCAGGCCCCGCCACGGACACUGCAACCUGCCGACAACCCCUAUGAUGACCUCGAAUUCGAGGACGACGACCUUGAUGAUACCGAAUUGAUCGAUGGCCUGCUUCCGCAAGCUCCCAUCGGUACAUCGACGAACACUGGACCGAGGUCAUACCAUCAAAAACCACCCUUGCCUGUACCGAACCGACCCCCCGCCCCGAUCCCGCCAUCGUCACGAUGGGACACCUCCGCGAGGUCAAGAUACGCCGUUCCCAACACGGCGCAUGGCCAGCCCUUGGCAUCACAGGUACCACUUCCCAUAGGCGCAUCAUACAGACCACAACACAGCCAGUUCGCUCGUCCUGCGCCCCCGACAGUCAGGCCGGCCUAUCAGCAGCCGCUCGCUUCCCAGGCGCCCCGGGAGUCAGGAAACGAUGUUGUUGCUGCUAUGCAGCAGCGCCUGAAGGCUCUCGAGUCAGAACUCUACUCGGCCAGGGGAGAGGUUGCCAUCAUCAGGGCAAACUCGGAGGCAAAGCAGCAGAGGCUGGUGGAGCAAGCCGUCGCUGCUCAGCACAAUGCCACUACCGAACUGCAGUUUCUUCAGCGAGAUGUCAAGGAAACCAGUGCUCGAGCGAGGCGAGCGAAUGCGGCGCCCGGCGUGCAGAGGAACGACAGUGGCGGCUCUGCCACGAACACGCCGAAGAAGGCCAGCAAGACCUGGGGCAUGGCCGACGGCUUUGACGAGAUGGACAUUGUUCUCAGCCCCAGCAAGGGACGAGGCAAGUCGAGGGACACCGGCCCCGUGGCCAUCCCCCUCACCGAACGGACACCAACAAAGAACAAGCGGAAACGGCCUGUGGUGGACAGUCCCGUCAUGGCGUUGGAAACCCACGAAGGCGACCUUGUACAGUCGAAUAUUGAUGCAGGUGCCACGGUCCCGAAAUUCUUAGCGGUAUCGUCCGUGAAUACCCUCCCGUUCGAUUUCCUUCAGCUCGUUCUCGACCAUGGGUCUCUGCACGGGGAGCCUCCAACAUUCGAUAUUCUCUCACGCUAUGCCUUUCCAUCAGGCCCAGACACCUCUUUUGCCGCCCAGAUUUAUCAGAGCUUGCCGCGAAUGGGGAACGCGCAUGAUCCACUGCAGCUCCUUAUCGACUUUUCUCACCUCAUUCUGACAAUGUGGCACCAGUGCCUGGACGAGGCGUAUUAUCGACCGAUCUGGGACCUGGUGUCGCUUCUGGCGUUUACACUCCAACUCCAGACUGUGUCGGUGGCACCCAACCUCAUCCACAGCCUGGUGCCAGCCGCAGAGAGGUCCAUGUACAUGGUGCUCGAACUGCGCUACAAGAGCACAGACGGUGAUCUUUCCGGUGACCCCGCCGCUGACUCGCUGCAACAGCAGAUCGACACGACGCACAUCUUGUCGCUCCUCCAUCUGGCAGCCAUGGCAAGCGUGAGCGCAAUCGUUCAGACGGAAGAGGGCGCUCAGACGCAGCAGGCCAACUUUUGGAGCAUGAUGCCCGUGGACUUUGUGCUGAUCUUCUUGACCCCGAAUCAGCGGCUUGACGACAUCCUGGGUAUGAUGGACCUAUUGUGCACCUCCGUGCUAUCCGCCUCGGUCGGCCCUCUAGAAAUGGGCAAAGGCCCGGAGACGGUCGCCUACAUGAUCAUCGAGAAGCUCACAUGCAACCUCCUUGACCUGCCACGGGCGGCAUCAACACCCCGUCUGAUUCACACGGUCGGAUCAGGGGUCCUGCGCACGCUCACCGCGUUCACCCAGUCUCAGUUUGGGGCGCUCCAGGUCGCGAAUCAUGAUAAUGCCAUACCCAGACUAGUGACGACUCUGAGUGGCUUGGUGGACGAGCUGUACGAUGCCAGCGACCCUGUCGUCACUGAUUCUCCGGCUGGCAGCGGCGGGAACCGUGCGGCAGCCCAUCCACCGGCGGGAGAUCUGGGGGCCGACAAGGCGGACGACGCGGACGACGCGGACGACGCGGACGACGCGGACGACGCGGACGACGACCUUGUGGGUCUGCACCGAUUGAUCAAGCAGAUCGUACUGCUCCUGCACCGGCUCGUUGCUGAUCCGGCGACAGCAGACGCGGCCAACAUUCAAUCCAAGCUGGCCAUGGCCUACGGAGGCCCGCAGCGGUACAUCCUCUCGCUGUCACGCAUCCAUUUCGCAGAGGAAGACUUGGUGUACGAGGCGGGCAUCGACGAGGAGACGGCCGAACUGGCGCGCGAACUAUGUGAAUUCGUCGUGACCCCUGACGAAGGAGAGGGUGUCAGGGAGGCCUUCGGCGUUUGA